GGUGGCAGAUUGCAGGUUAAUUAUGGUCUGUAGUUCAGCAGGUUAAGUAAGAACCCUUUGUUUACAAACAAAGUCACAUGACCCAGCACAUGCCUAGGGAUUAAUGUCACCUGCCCAAGCCAGUAAUGAUUGCAUCAUCACAGUUUGUCAUUGGUCGGCUUGGAGUCCACAACUUAAUUAUACUGCUAAUGUGCAACAUUUGAAAAUCAUUUCCUUUGUUAAGACAUUUCCAUAAUUGUUUUUGUCCAGUGCAGUUCAGAAAGCAUACAAAGCCUAAUUUUUUCAAUUUGAAGAAAUUGGGAGUUAAGGGUUUCAAGUGUAAAGGGUAGAAGAUUGUGCAAAUGAGCAGUCAUGUCUUUGGAAAAUGUUUUUACAAAACUCAAUGUGAAAAUGAAAGAAAACUUUGUGCUGAGGAUACAUGAUGAAUAUGAUGAUGAAUUUGUAGUAAUUGAUGUGAAAACUAUCAAUGGGAAAUUCUGUUACAGGGAUUCACCACUACAAGAGAGCUCAGGUCCACGUAAAGAAAUCAAGCGAGUGAGCUUGGAAACUCAACAACUCGGGACUGAGUUUGCAGAUUAUCUCAAGUCCAUACGUAAAAAUGUGGCAGUGGACGUAUCAAAGAACACAAAGUCGAUCGUGGAUAAACUCACUCAGAACACAGAUGCCCCCGUGGAGGAAUUGUCCGAGAUGGUUCAGGAUUUCUACCAGAAUAUGUCUGACAGGAUGAACAUGCAUAGUACUUAUAAAGGUCAGAGUCAUGAGAUGACAGAGAAGUUGCUGGACUACAUUGAGAAGUACGUGAUGGUGCGCGUCUACUCCAUGGUGUUUUGUCAGAGUAACGAGGAUGAACAGAAAGAUCUGAAGAUUCAGGACAGGAUCCGAGGUCUACACUGGGUGACGGCGCAGCAGCUGGACACACCCAUUAACGAUAACGAAGAGGAGGUCCGACAGUUAGUGGACAGGGCGAUCACAGAAAUAAUUGAGAUGAAUUCAAAGAAAUCACCCCCUGACAAGUUGGAUUGUGUGACUCGGUGUUGUAAGAAUAUCUUUGAAAUCUUGCGCCACUCUAAAACGGGCCCAGCUAAUGCAGAUGAUUUCCUCCCAGCCCUGAUAUUCAUCGUACUGAAGGCCAACCCCCCACUACUCCAGUCAAACAUACAGUACAUCACAAGGUUUGCCAAUCCAAGCAGACUAAUGAGCGGAGAGGCAGGGUAUUAUUUCACAAACCUGUGUUGUGCUGUGUCUUUCAUCGAGAGUAUCAAUGCGGAGUCGUUAAACCUGACACAACAGGAGUAUGACAGAUACAUGUCAGGGGAGGCAAUUCCUCCCCAGAAUGGACAGGACAAUACGUGUGAUGGUCUCCGUAUUAUGUGGGAGAAUCUGCGGACUCUCUCAGAUCUCCGACAGCGACAGGAAAAGGUCAUGGCCGACACACUUCAGCUCCAACAGGAAAUGAGGGAAUUCCAGGACAGCUUUAAACAGGAAGUGGAAAGUGUUCUUAAGAGAAAUCCAUGGACCAUUAGACCUCGGAAAAUGAAAAUUGACAUUGAUGCAGACACCGAAAAUAUCACAAAUCUUCCUACUCCUCUUCUUCCAGAACCGUUAAUGCCGACAAAAUCUUCAGCGGGGCAGGGAACCAGUGUAGAGAGUCCAUCAGCAGAUACAGUGGCAGGGGACAUCACCCCUACAGACUUACUCAGUUAAUUUUGUAAAUUACUGUGGUGUACCUGAAACAAGAGAUUGUGUAAUGUGUGUGUGUGUAUGUGGUUAGAGAAUGAGUCAGUGAUUGAGAGAGUUUGAAAUUCAGAGAAACGAUGAAGUUAAUAAUUACAAAGCCUCUAGUAGACUAAAGACAUACAUUUAGAUCUGAGUAAUCAUUUUAUACUCAUCACAACACAAACACUGAUACUCAUCGAGGGAGCUUCUCCUGGACAAGGAGGUGAAAUGUACAUCCCCCUUAAAGAAGUGAAAUGCCCAUCUCCCUUAAAGAAGUGAAAUAUCCAUCUCCCUUUA